CUCAGUCCAGACUCUGGCCGCCGAAGUCACGCUACCGCGCGUUCCCGCGGGCGGAGUUUUUCCACGGGCACCGCGUACCCGGUUUAGUUUAGUUAGUGCCAGCGACCGACUCGCGAACGAGCCAGGAAAUUCACCGAGCUGCUCCCUUCCCAUCCACCGCGGCGUGCCCGUCCCCUCUCCUCCUCCAGCUCCGGCUGCGGCGAGCCACCCCGGAGCCACCGUGUCCUCCGGCGUGGUCCAGACCGACCGCCUCGAUGCCGUCUGACGAUCAUCCUCCCCUCCCCGUCAAUCCAUGCGACGGACCACCAGACCCGAAGCACGAAUGCUCGCCUCCUCCGCUUCUCCCUCCCCCGUCGCUUCACCCACCACCACCACCUACUUCCUCCUCUGCGGCCUCGCACGGCAGGAGCACCUUCGUCACCGCUCUCGUCAUCGCCGGCUCGGUGCUAGCCUUCCUCGCCCUCUGCCUCUCCGUCUUCUUCUUGGCCCGCCGCUGGAGGCGGCGGUGGCGGCGGCGGCAGCGAGAGGCGCUUCUCGAGGCCGCCCUGGCCCCAGCGGCGGCGCCCCCCGACGGCGGCGCCGGCCUCAACCCCGCGGGUGAGGAAGUCGUGCACCACGCGUGGCACAUCCGGACCGUCGGGCUCGACGAGGCGGCGAUCGAGUCCAUCGCGCUCACGCGGUACCGCGCCGGCGGCGCGCUCGGCGCCUCCGACUGCACCGUCUGCCUCGGCGAGUUCCAGGACGGUGAGCUCCUCCGGCUGCUCCCCAAGUGCGCCCACGCGUUCCACGUCCAGUGCAUCGACACCUGGCUCCGCGCCCACGUCAGCUGCCCGCUCUGCCGCGCCAGCGUGACGGACCCCGCUGCCGAGCAACCCGACCCACCAACGCCUCCCGGCGCCGCGGCCGGCGCCGCCGCCGAACAGGAAGAACAAGACGCGGGGAUCAUCGGAGCCCCGGAACACGAGCAGCCGGGUCAGCACGGGGACGAACAGCGCGACCAGCCGAGCAUCCCGUCGGAGCUACCGCACCGGCGCCCCGGUCCACGGGGGCGCAGCUUCCAGUUCCGGCGGGUGGCUUCCAUGGACUCGCCGUCGCCGGUAGCGUCGGCCGAGGAAGACGAGCAGGCCGGUGGCGAGAAGCAGGGGACAGGGGUUGCUGUUUGCUGCGAGGUGUCAGCAGGAUCCGACCGUCUGAACCGCGCCGCCAUGAAGAGGUCGCUGUCCGCCGGCAGCCGGUGGACGCUGCUCUCGCGGCAUUGCCGCGCGCGCACCUCGCUUCUGCCAUUGUGACGGCGCGGGGAUCGCCAUCUGCUGCCGUGCUGCGUAAUGGUGAAACUUUUGCCGAGCCCACCCAGAUCACGCCUGUUCUUGAAUGCUCGUAGCCAUGAUCAGCACAGUUUGCAAGUUCAGAGCAGUGGGUUGGCUGCACUACGUACUCUGCAUUUCGGACACAGAAGAGGAACCGCGCGCUGGAGAAUCAUUUGUACAGUCUCGUUUUUUCGAGACUUUGUAUCUUGGUGUUCAGCUUGUUCUUUGCAAGAUUUUGAGGAAUGCCUGGAUUGUGUGCAUUCAAGUGUUCGAGUAAUCCCUGGUCUUAACCAAACCUCUCUUCAUGAAUCAUGAUAGUGCUGUAUACAAAUCCGAAAGUUCCUGGUGCCGUCAUUUUUAACUGAAAUUCCAUCUGUUCAUACGGGGCUAUCUAUCUAGAUUUCUUUUUUUCCCCAUCUUGUACGGCAGGCUCACGACAUUUUGACUGAAAUUCGUAUUUCCUA